CAUUCACAACAUACGUUCGAAAUUGUUACGGGUAGAAUUUUUAUUGAGAAUUUUCAAAGCAAAUAGAAAAAAAAAAUAAAUAAGAAAAGAAUACAAAAAGCAAGAGGAACACAAAAAAAGAAACAAAAAAAUAAAAAAAUAAUACCAAUGACAACAACAACAAUUCCAAUACAAAUCCAACAAAGAAGAGAGUGCAUUUUUUGUGUCUAAGGAAAUUGAAAUUAAAUUGUGUUAACAAAAUCAAUUUCGGGUACAAUCCCAAAUUCAGUUUCUGUGCAAAAAAAAUAAUAAUAAUCCCUCAACAAAAAAAAAUUUCCCCCAUUAAAUAAUUAACAUAACAACAAACAAGCAAAAAUAAUUAAAAACAAAUCACUCAUACGUCUGGUGGUGCAGAGCAACAAAGGAAACAAAACAAAGAAAAGAAAAGAAAUUCGAAGGUGCAACGUUGUCGCAUCGCUGAACGGAAAGCAAGAUAACAACAACAGCAAAGAAAGAUCAUUAGUCUAACCGCCAGUGGAAAUUCAACGAAACUAAAAAGCAAACCACCAACAAAACUACCGCAACAACACAAAGGACAAAGCGACGAAUCGAAGCAGUUCCCAGUCACUACUAUCCACUGUUUGCAACUACAAAAAAACACACACACACAAACAAGAUACAUACUUAGCUACAGAUACUACUACGAAUCAACGUUGCCAAAGAAGAGAAAUCCAUAAAAGUAACAAUAACAACAACAAACAACAACAAUCGCAAUUAAAAAGUCUCCUCUUCCCCCCCAAAUUACCAUCGAAAACCAAAUGAAAGAAAGACAAAGUCCUUGAACACACACAAUUGCAUUCUUAGAAACCGAAUAGAAAGCAACACCAAAAAUAUAAAAUAAUAAUAACUUACUACUACACACAACUACAAUAAAAAGAGGCAAACUUAUACACCUACACACCAAAACUACUAACUACACUUACAAAAUACAACAAAUAUAAAAGAAAGAAACAAACCACUGGACAAAACAAAGGACAGACAAAAAGAAACUAAAAUAAUAAUCCUCAACAAAACAAUACAAGACGCAAAAAGAACUCAGCAAAGCCCAUCAAAUAGCCGUGAGAUAUUUAAAGCCCUGAAGAGCCAAGCCAUACCACAUACCACACACAUACCGACAAACAUAUUCUAGCCACCAACCAAACAACCAACCGACCGACCGACCGACUCUACUUCAAACAAAUAAACGAAACAACGACUAACAAAAAUGCAUAUUGAAAUACAAGUGGCAUUAAAUUUCGUUAUCUCGUAUCUGUACAACAAACUGCCCCGGCGGCGGGUGAAUAUUUUUGGCGAGGAAUUGGAGAAGGCGCUAAAGGAUAAAUUCCAAGGUCACUGGUAUCCUGAGAAGCCCGUCAAGGGUUCUGCAUUUCGUUGCCUAAAAACAGGCGAUCCCAUUGAUUCCGUUUUGGAACGGGCCGCUCGUGAAAGUGGUGUUCCAAUAACAGAUAUUCUAGAAAAUCUUCCAAAUGAGCUUUCCGUGUGGGUGGAUCCCGGUGAGGUGUCUUAUCGAAUCGGUGAAAAGGGUGCCGUUAAGAUUCUCUAUUCCGAGAAUAGUGACAAUCAGGAAGAUAACUCAUCCGCUGAUGGAGAAGUGAAUAAGACAUUUAAUCCUGAGGCCCAAUGUUUCCGCCCUAUCGAUGCUGUCAACUCGAGCAUGAAUAGUUUGAGUUUAAGUCCUAAAACUUCUCCCAUGGCUGGCUCAUCACCCCUCUCGGCUACAUCCAAUUCUCCUACCUAUAAGGGCAGUCCGAAUCCAGUAACUGCACCCGGUGUAAACAAUGUUGGAUUUAUGCAACGUUCUCAGGCACCAUUGACAUUCACUACAGCUACCUUUGCUCAAACGAAAUUUGGUUCGACAAAAUUGAAAACUAAUUCCAAAAGAUCAAAUAACACUUCAUAUCGUAUGUCCCCAACAGAGUUCUCAAACUAUAUAAAACAACGUGCCAUGCAACAACAGCAAAUACAUCAUGGUGGUCAUGGGCAUUCACCCAAUGGUGUUGGCGGUCCCGGACAGCCUGGCAAUCAUUUUGGCCCCAUUGGACCCGUCUCACCGGCACGAUCUCUAUCGCCAAAUCCCUUGUCUUUGGGUAUGGCACAAAAUGGUGGCGAUCCCUUCUAUUUCCCCAGCAUGGCUAUGGGCAUGUAUCCACAAUUCAAUAAUCAUCAUCGUAAUCUGUUCGAUGCCACUCACUUCCAUGGUGCCGAUAGCAAUGGAUUGUUUGCCCCAACUAACAAUGGUGUGGGUCACGGUAAAUUCAAUAACUAUUUGGAACCACAUGGUUUUUAUAACAUCGGAGGAAAUCAUCAUAUGGCACAGCAGCAGCAACAACAACAUCAACAGCCACAAUCUCCCAUUGCCAUGAAUGGUGGUGUUGGUGGCGCUCAUCAUUCGUUGGGCAAUAUGAAAGCUUCAAAUAUUGCCGAAAAUAUUGCCAAGGACUCAGCUGCCGGCUCCAACAACAGCAAUAGCAAUACCAACAACAAUGCUGCCAACAUUACUGUAACAGUAACCAAUGGCGCCAAUGAAAGCACUGCUGUCAGUCCCGUGCCCCCAGCGAGCUCUGCAAAUGCUGCGGUAACAGCUGCAAAUACGGAACGUCAAAAUGCUGCCAAUGCAGUUGUGGCUGCUGUGGCCGCUGUCAACAACAGCACUAGCCAACAAGACUCGUCAUCGUCGUCGAACUCCUCCAAUGCUUCGGCUAACUCGAAAUUAAUCGAUGGUCUCAAUUCAUUCUAUUCCAAUGCCACUGGCUCCUAUCAACAACUUUUAGUUGCCAAUUAAAAGUCAACACAACUACACUUACAACAAAGAGUCCCAUAAGACACACACACAGACAACACACAAACACAACUACAACCAUAUAUUGCAAAUAACGCAAAUAUCUAGCUGUAAAAGCAAGUAAAAAAUGAAUGAAUCAUUAUAUAUUUUUUUAAAUGCUUAAAGGAAAACAAAAGAAAAACAAAAACACGAUAAAAAUUAGUUUCAUCAAGGACUUAAUAAAACAAAACAAAAAACAACUUUGUAUAAGAAAAAAAAAGAAGAAGAAAAAACAAGAAAUAUAAAAUAUUUUUUUAUUUGUUUCUAAUUUUUGUAAUUAGCUGUAAUUUUUUUAGAACAUAAUAAUAUGUAGUAAAAAAAAAACCAGAAGAAUAAGACGAAGACGAUACUGGAUAAAGUCAUAAACAAAAGUAUAUAUUUUUUCACUGUUAAUUUUUUAUACACAUUUUAAACAAAAUACUAUUUAAUAUUUAAUAGAAUAUGUAUUAAAGCUAACGAUUUUUCACGUAAAGAAAGAAUCCCUUUUUUGUAAGUAAAUCAAUGGAAAGGAAGAAGUAGAAUAAGAAGAGCCCAACAGCUGAUGGUAGACAAUUAGAAAUACAACACUGCAUGCGGAAGCGGAAAUGUCGAAAAAUGGUGGGGAUUUUAAAUCUCUUACGGAUGACAGUUUAUAAAACAGAGUUGCCAUUCUUUAACGUUUCCACAGCUGCUGGGACUAGCAAAAUGUCACGGAAAUUUGUUUCAAUUGUUAAGUUUAUCUAUGUUAAUAUUAUCUUUACAACACCUCUCUCUCUCUCUCCUCAAAAUCUCCCUUCUCUCAAAAGCCCACUUUUCUUUGACUAAAUUUAACCAAACCAAGAAAAAAAAACUAUAAAUGGAAUACUGUUAAAUAAUUUUUUCAUAAUAUUGUACAAUCUAUAUUACUAUUAAAACAAAACAAACAAAAAAAAAACAAUUAUGCAUACGUUUUAUACUGUUAAAUAUUAUUUAUCUUGUUAAAAACAAAUUUAAUAUGAAUGUUAUAUCUAAGGCUCCUCUUGAUCCCGUUCCCGAUCCCCAAAUCAACCAAACUCUCGUUUAGCCUCUGUGGCCACCGUCAUCUGUUUAAGCAGCCUUGUUAUGUAUUUUCUUGUGUUUUUUAUAUAUUUUUUUACAUUAUGCAUUAAAUCAUUAAGUUUGAGUAGCUAUAAAUCAAAUUUGUUAAUUUCUCAUUUUUAUAGAAGAAUUCUUUUUUGUAACUUUUUUUAACUAGUAUAUACAUAUAAUUGCAAUUUUUUGUAUUUAAUUAGUUUGAAACACUGUUAAACAUUGUUUACAUGAUGCUAAUCUACACACACAACCAUAGAGAGACGACAUACAAAUGUGUUUGUUUACUUUUUUAUUAUUUUAAAUAUUAUAUUUUUUUAAUUAUUAUUUGUUACACAUACACAUUUUAUAUAUUUUUUUGUAUUGAAAAUCAUUUUUAUGUAGAGAAAUUUUUAUACUUUUUAUACAUUUUUAUUAUUAUUGAUACCAAUUGCCUAAAGCAAAACAUGUUUUUAUUAAUUUUUUUAAUAAAUAAAAAUAAAACAAAAAAAAUGUUAUUUUUAUUGUAUCCAUUUAUUGAUUUGCCUAGUUUUUUUUAGUUAACGACAGUAUUGGGAUUCUGUGGCAGAUUACACUAUAGUUAUACCAAAAAAAUGUGAAAGGCUUACAGAAUCGCACUACUUGUUCCUUUUUUGUUAUAAAAAUCAUCCAAAACUUCGCCACAACUUUAAACACGCAAUUUACUUGUACAGCCAUGUACAAACUUUGAAGAAACAGAUUUUUUGCAAAAUGUAUGCGCCUCGUUUUGAGAAUUUUUAAUUUUGCCUGCAAAACUUGUCAUAAAACAGAAAAUGUUUAAAUCUGUACAUUUUACUGAGCAAAUGUAUUGAAAUUACCCCAACGUCAAAUUCAUAACUUUUCUGGCUUUGUGUGAAAAAAAAAUAAAAUAAACCAGUAGGUCUGUCUGGUUACUUUUCCUACAGACAUUGUCCAGCAACUUCUUUCCGAGAGAGUAAGAUAGUUUUAUUCUCUUUUGCAAAGGAAACUUCAAAAAGUAAACAGACGGAAUCCCUGCAUAAACUUGCAAGCAAUCAGCUGACGAGUCCUCCAUAAAUAUAUAAAUGAGCUAAAAAAAAAAAAACAAAAUUUCCAAAAUUUUUAAAUUUGUUUGUCCAAACAUAAAUCACGGGAAGGAAAAGAACAGGAGUUGCAAAUGAUUGCAAGAAGAAAUUUGUUCUGCAAGAAUUUGCAAACUUUCAGUGAAAGAACUGUCAAAAUUUCACAUCAUUUCUCAUUUUUGUUUUUGCAGACAACUUCCAAAAACAAUUGCUACAAAUUUUAAGGUAGCGAAGCACACCUAAUAUGACUCUAGUGCAGAGUUGCAUUUUUUAUAUUUCCUUUGAAGAUUAAAAUCCUUUCUGAAUAAAGAUUUUCCUUUCAAAAUAAAGAUUUUUUUAAUUUAUUUGUCCAAAUAUAAAUCACGGGAAGGAGAAGAACAUGAGUUGCAAUUUCUCAUUUGAAUCGCUCUUUUUACAUAACUUUUGUUUCAAAUUUCAGAUCAUUAAGCUCGUCUCGAAAGAGAAAACAAACACAUAAAAAAAUUCUUAUUCAUUCUGUCAAUUCAAUAUUUCAGGUAGAAGUUUCCGAACAAAAUUCACAAAAAAAAUCAAAUGUUAGCUAGCAAUUGAUUUCACCAUAGGCCGAUGUUACACUUAUAUGUUCUAUAUUCGUUUGAGUGUAGCAUACUUUGAGGCGCCUAUAUAAAGGAAUGAAAUUCGAAUUGCCAAUAGCUAAAAUAUGCUGAGACUAACUUCUUUUUUCGGGUAAUUGCAACAUUGCCAUCAGUGUUGCCACCUCAUGUGUACUUACACAUAUCGUGUGUAAUUUUUCACUGCAUGUGUGACCCAUGUGCAAUUGGUAUGGUAUGUUUAAUUCAUGUGUAAUUUAUUGGAUUUAUUGACGUAGUUAAGAAAAAUUAACGCGUAUUUACUCGAAUCAUAUUUUAUAAAAUAUUAUAUAUAUUUGGUAUAUAUAAUGAAUUUAAACUUUUUUUCGUUCUAUAUAGCAAUUUUAGGGAGAGCAUAAAUGUGCGACUCCUUGUCCGGCCCAGUCAUAGAUUUUAUGUCAUAGAAUCAUAAAUAAAAGAACAUACAGAACAGUCAUGAGUGCCUCAAGCGAACAAACAUAAACCUUCACGUAUUCUCUCUUUAAUAGAAUCUGCCGUGUUUGGUGAAGUGAAGCAGCAUCGGAUAGAGAGAAAGAAAUUCUAUUUUCUUCCAAUUUUGUUACCCUAUAAUUACAUUGUUUUUCAAUGGUUCUGACUGUCCAAUUUUAAUAUUGUGUAGACUAUGCGUUUAUUUCGCACCACGUAAUAAAAAAUUUAAAUAUAUAUUACUUCACAUUGCAACACAGGAUACUUAUUAUUGCCGCUGUCAAACAUCAAAGGUUCAUCUUUUUGCAACAGCUUAUUAAUUAUCCUGUUCUUCUCAAAAGCUUCUGCAGAAAGAUUAUUUAGCUAAUGAUUUUUGGGAAGACAGAAGUAAAUGUGAUUCUCAUUUUCUUGAAAAUGCUCGAACUUAAAGUGCUUUGUUUUUAAUAAAAUAGUCGUCAUGCCAAAACACUGAAAAAAAAACCAAGGGACCAUUCCCUUCGUCGCCAUGAAAUCGGGAUAUUUGUAGCGACCAGCAAAUAUUACAAAGCUGUUAGUUUUGAAAGUUAUUACUCUCUAUAAGGGAGAGUAAUAUGAAGUUAAGCCAAAGGGGGAGUAUUUCAGAGUUAUGCAACCGCAUAUUUAGUGCUUUAAGUAAUUGCAGAAAGGUUAAGAAAUACAAUGUUUGCAAAAACAUUGGAGUUGGCAACCCUUGUUGUGUAAACGUCAUUUUUCUUUGAGCUCCGCAUACAAUUUUUAAAAAAAACAAAAAAGCAAAAGUUUAAAACAUAGUUGGGAGUUUGAAGUGUCAAAUUAAUAUCAAGCGAACGGUAAUAACAGUGAAGUGAUUGGAAUAUGGCUCCAUCAAACAGACGAAGCUUGAAGAAAAAAAAUAUUUGUUUUCAAUGUAAGCUGGUUAUCGAAGAAAAUGAUCAAAGCAUAGAGUGUGAUGAGUGCGAAAGAGAGUAUCAUGAUGUAUGCACUCAGCUAGAUAAACGCCAGUUUAAACGUCUGCUUGACAAUGAGAACGAAGAAUUUGUUUGUCAUGUUUGUAACAACAAGAAGGGCAACAAAAACAAUAUUUCGGUCAAAGAUGAGUUAGAGGACAUUAAAAGGGAACUCAAGAAGCUGGAUCAGCUGAGUGUUAUGCAUGAAACGAUGACAUUCAUGUCCCAGCAAUAUGAUGACAUUCUCAGAGGCGUAGCUGAGAAUAACCGCAAAUUGGAGCUGGUGCAAAAAGAAAACAAAGCACUCAAACAAGAAGUUACCGAUUUAAAAAAAUCCGUAAAAUUUUUAAAUGACCAAAGAGUCAAAAAUGAUUGCAUUGUUACUGGUGUAAGGGAGAUAAAAGAUUUAUCGGCAGCCGCCACCAUUGUAAAGUUGUCCAAAGCUGCAGGUGUAGAAAUUGAAGAGAAAUCUAUUUCUGAUGCGUUUUUUCUUAGAAGUAGAAAAGAAAAUGAAAGAAAAACCGUUGUUGUGAAGUUUGAUUCACGGAAAUCCAAGGAAGCGCUCAUGUCGAUCAAACCGAAAUUGAAAGACAUGGAAGAUACAAAGAAUGUUUAUGUAAACGAUUUUCUCAGUCGCGAAUGUAUGGAAUUGUUUAAUUAUGCAAAGUCUUUGAAGAAAGUGGGAUAUAGGUCUGUUUACGUAUCGUCUGGCAGAGUUUUCGUGAAGAAAAGUGACUUAUCUAAAGCUAAGUUGAUACGAGACAAGGAUCAUGUUGACAAAUUAUUGGAAGAAGCUGCAACUUUUCAAGAAAAAAGGAGAUCAAGGCAUGUAGCUACUGGUGAAGAUUCUGACAACAACUUUGAAUCGCCAUGUUAAUCUUUUUAUGUAUAUUUUUCUUUUACGUUUAUUAUUUUUUCAAAUUAUUUUAUUUUUAUGAUUAACCAAUAUUUUAAACAUUUUGAAGAAUUUAAUAUAAAAUUAAAAAAUUUUAGUGAAUAUUUUAGUAUGAUUUCAUUAAAUGCCAGAAGUAUUUCAUCAAUUACAAAAUUCAAUAAGUUUAAAUGUCUUGUUGCAAAGUUUUCUGCACUUCCGGUUGUUAUUGCUGUUCAGGAAACAUGGUUUUCUGAUGAUAUUGUACAAAUUUAUAAUGUUCCAGGGUACAAUGUGGUACAUUGUUGUAGAUCUGAUGGGUAUGGUGGGACAUCAUUAUAUAUUCGUGAUAACGUUACGUUUUCUAUACAGCAAUGCCAAAGCCAGCAUUAUUUUGAAUCUAUUGUAGUACAACUUUCUGAUAUAAGAGUAAAUAAUAAACCAUUGCACAUUUGCAGUUUUUACAGGUCACCUAAAUGCUGUGAAACCAUAUUUUUAAGUCUUCUUGAAAAUUUACUUUCAAAUCAUGGACGUAACCCGUGUAUUUUUGUAGGUGAUGCCAACAUUGAUGUUUUAAUGCAAAACUCUGCUGUAAAUUUAAAUAAUCUGCUUUCUACAUAUGAUUUUGAAAACUCUCAUAACCUGGUCACUCGACCUUUGAGUAACAGAUCCAUUGAUCACGUUUAUGUAAAUACACCGAAUAAUGUAUGCACUGAUUCUGUUGUGAAUGAAAUUUCUGAUCAUAAUUUGAUUUCCGUUUUGUUUGAUCGGCGUGUUGUUCGGCGGAAUUGUACUAUCUCGGAACAUUCUAGAUGUGAUUACUCCAAAGUACGGUCCUAUUUACUAAAUCAUUUAUCUACAAUAACUUUAUCGAAUAACCCAUCAGUUGACACAAAUUGUCUGAUAUCGUGUAUACAGAAUGCUAUCGACUUUGGUACCCUCAGACUUCGGAGAAGGGAAGAUUUAAGGGAAAAAAUAUCUCCUUGGGUUAACGGAAAUUUGAGAAAUCUUUUUCAGGUGAAAGAAAAAUUAUUAAAAAGAAGAAGAAAGAAACCUAAUGAUAGUUUGAUUGCUCAGGAUCUUAGAAGAAUUAGCAAAGUGAUAAAAAAGGCUUAUAAGCAAUCUCAAAACGCAUAUUACGAAACAAACUUAAGCGAGACUUAUACAGAUCCUAAAAAAACAUGGCGCUUUUUGAACGAAACUCUUGGAAGAAACAAAAAGAAUCAAAUAAAGUUAAAAAAUUCCAACACAAAUACGUGUCUAAGUGAUGCGGAUACUGCAAACAAAAUAAAUAUUUUCUUUUUGGAGGCUGUUGAGAAGUUAAGAGAACAAAUAAUAUCUAACCCGUAUGACCAUUGCAAUUCGUUGCUCACUUUGACUCAUUGUCACAGCGAAUUUUCUCUUGCUUUCACGUCUGAUGUCGAGAUUAAUGAAAUAAUAAUGCAUAUCAAACGAGGCAAAAGUUCUGGCCAUGACGGUAUCUCACCAAAAAUUUUUGAUUCAUCCGCUGAUCUACUGGUUCCAUUUUUGGUGACUAUUUUCAAUUCCAUGGUCAGCUCCGCCAUUUACCCAGAAAUAUUAAAAAUUCACAAGGUAAUUCCAAUUCCAAAAGAAAAGAUUUGUGAUGAUAUUAAUAAGUUUCGGCCAAUUUCUGUUUUACCUCAGAUUAAUAACAUAUUUGAAAGAAUCUUAUAUGACAAACUCACUUCAUAUUUUAAUGAAAACCACAUGUUAUAUGAUUACCAGUUUGGGUUUAGGAAAGGUUGUGGAACGGAAGAAGCCACAGUGAGUGUCAUCAAUUCUAUAUGUCAUGGGUUGGAUAGCGGAAACAGUGGUGUUGUAGGCAUUUUUUAUGACCUUAGUAAAGCUUUCGAUCUUAUUGAUCACAAAAUUUUAAUCGAAAAAUUAAAGUAUUAUGGAAUACAAGGGAGAGAGCUGUCUCUAUUGAAAAGCUAUUUGCACAACCGAAAGCAAUUUGUUCAAAUCCAGGAAGAGAGAAGUUGUGUUAAUUUUGUGAAAUAUGGGGUUCCACAGGGUAGCGUUCUUGGUCCAUUGCUGUUUUCUAUCUAUAUAAAUGAUAUGAAAAAUCUUGGACUAUCUGGUAAGCUGUUUUUAUAUGCUGACGAUAUUUGUCUACUAUAUCCAUUCAAACAUGAAACUGGAGUCAAACCAUAUAUAGAACGGGAUGCAGCAUUAAUAUUUGAAUACGCUCGGAUAAAUAAGCUUUUUAUUAAUUCUGGAAAGACUCAACUUAUAAGAUUUAGGCCUCAUUUUCGAUUUGAUAACAGCUUCAGUGUUUUUGUUGAUGGGAAGGAAAUUCGUGAAGUCAGUGUUGUAAAGUAUUUAGGACUUUUCUUGGAAAGCAAUCUAGUAUGGGACCAACAUAUUGAACAUAUAAAAUCUAAGGUCUCGGCAGCCAUUGGGCUGCUUUAUAAGUUUAAAAAUAAGUUUAAUCAAAAGACUAAAUUUCUCAUAUUUCAAUCGCUUGUUCAGAGUCAUUGCAAUUAUUUGGCUAUAAUUUAUGGUUUUAAUAAAAGUUGUCAAUUGAAAAGUCUUCAAAGGUUGCAAAAUAGAGCAUUGAAAGCAGUCGCCAAUUUACCCAUGAGAUUUCCAACGAUAUGCUUAUAUAAAGACAUUUUUCCAACUGUGUUACCUAUUCACGGUAUUUACCAUUUGAAACUGUUAAUCUAUAUGUUCAAAUGUGUACAUUGUAUAGGACAUCAUACAAUAUCAUUUUCUUAUAGGCAACACCAGUUCAAUAUUCGUAAUCCGAAUCAGUUUAAUGUAGUACUCUGUCGUAGUGAAACUACAAAACAAAGAAUUGAAUAUUGUGGUAGUAAAGCUUUUAAUAAUUUACCCCAACAAAUAAAAUCAUUAACAACCUUAUCAAUGUUCAAAACCCAAUUAAAAAAACAUAUAAUGCGUAAUGUUGAAGAAUUUCUGGCGUAAUCAUUUAUUUUUUUUAAGUAUGUAAAUUUUUUAAUUUUGUAUGUAAACAUAUGAUUUUUUUUUGCCAACUUGCCUCUUUAAAGCCUUACGGCGCUGAGGCCAAAUUGAAUGUAAUCAAUAUUGAAUAUGAAAAUAUGAAAAUAAAAAAAAAAAAAAAAAAAAAAAAUUACUGCGAUUUAAACUACCAAUGAUGGUAUAUUGGAAUGGAGGCACUCACUUUUGACCGAUACAAGAAAUGUUCAAUAAAACCUUAUAGAUUUAAUCAUAUUUAAAUUUAAGUUUGCCAUAUAGUUAUUUAUACAUAUAAAAAAAUUUAGAUACAUGUUCAUUCUCAUCCUCCGUGUGUAAUAUGAAAUUUUCUUGGUGGCAACACUGGUGUUUGAUUAUCAAGGGCACAUUCGUCUCCCAUUAACUCUCUCUCUCAACUUUUGAUCAUCUGUGCUUAAAACUCUGACACGAAAAAUAUGUGUUUAGUGAGAGUUUAAUGUAAUCCCAACUUGCAAAAUAAAACGAAACAAAUGAUGGAAUAGUCAAUAAUAUUCUUAGUGUUUACCUUGCGCGCAUGGUAGAACUAAGAAGGUAAAGUCAUGUAAUCAUAUGUUUACAAUGUUUUUCAAAUUAAUACAUUUGACAACAUCUCAUUGUCAAAAUCUAUAUUCAUAAAUCCAGUGUAUACACACAAAAUCAGAGAAGGGAACUCAUGUUUAUCCCUUAAAAUUUGACAAGGUAAAUAACACAAAAUGCAGAGCUGGGAAUGCUAAUUUGAAAUUACCUUUAUUUCAUUGUACCACGCUUGCUCAUUUGAUUUGAAAUGUCGUGUUUAAUGUAAAAUGCUGUGAUUUAGUUGUGCUCCAAAGAGGAUUUGGUCGGUUACUUCAAUUUCAAAAAAUUAUGAUAUUUGAGUUUUGCCCUGUUAAGGCGAAGCUCAUAUGUUUAUGAUUUAUGUGUUUUGUUUCUCUUAUGAUCUUUUUGUACAUUAUAUUGAAUUUUUCACUUAUCUCAUGCAUACACAUACAUACAUACUAUAUGAAAAAUAACCUCUUGCAAAAGCCUCAACUUAUUACAGAGAAAUACCCACCAUUAAUAUUCAAAAUAUGAUUGUAAUCUCCUUUAUUUUUCACUUACCUAAGGCCUCUUUUUAUAAUUCUCAUAAUUUUCGAUAUGCUAAGACACUUUGUAUUUUUAUAUCAAACAAAAACCCAAAAAAAGAAAACCGAAGACAAAAUAAUAUUCAAGUGUUUGAGAUUAGAUUUUAGACUUAAAUAAAAUUUAGACAAAUGAAGAACCUAAAUAAUGAAUCAAAUGUGCUAUUGUUAAAAAAUAUAUAUAAAUUAUAUUCUUAAACCAAAAAAAAAAAAACAACAAAAGAAAACUUCAUUUAAUAUGCAUGCAAAAAAAGUAAAACAUUUUUUUAUUAAAAUAAAAAAAAAACUUUAAUUUUUUAAGUCAAGACAACAACAUUUAUGUACCUUUAAAGAAAAACUUAAACAACAUGUUUAUAUGAAUAUAUAUAUAUAUUUAUAAAUCUAUAAAACAGACAAGUCAACAAAUCAUGUAGAAAUUAUAUUAAAAAAAUAUGCAAAGAAAAAGAAGAAGAUUAAAAAAAAACAAAAAUUUUGUACUUUUAUACUUCAUUAAUUUGUAGUUUUGAAUCAACAACAACAAGUCAUACAAUAAUAUGUUAUCGUGUUACAAAACAACAACAACAAAAAGUGAAAGAGAUUAAUUCUAUUAGAAGACAACAAAAAGCAAACUAAACGGUUGGAAUAUUAACAAAUUUAAAACAAAACGAUGCAACAACAUUUUACACAAAACAGCAAAAACAACAACAAGAGUUUAGUAAAAAUAACUGGCGUAAUUAGUUUACACAAAUAGUCCACACACUACAUUUCAGAAGAAAAACAAAAAAUAUUUUUUAAACAAAAUGCAAACUUCCAACAACAACAAAGAAACAACCUGAUAAGCAAUUUGAAAAAUAUAUUUUAAUUGAAAAAAAUAUAUAUUAGAAUUUAUAUUUUUAUAAAAAUACAAAACAAAAAAAGACAAAGAAAUUCAACACUUACAUUAAUUGGGAUUUUAUUUAUUUUUUGUUAGUUUUCUCAUUUAAAAAAACGUGUAAAAAUUAUAAGUAGAAAACAAGGAUUAGGCGAUCUUUAUAACACUUGGCCACAAGGGGUUAAAACUCUUCGCUAAUAAGAGAGUAAAUAAAACAUGAAAACAAAAUGUUAAAAAAUUACACCAGCAAAUGAAAAAUUCCCUAAUAUUUCGGUUUGAAUCGGGAAAAUACAUUUAUUUUUCUGACAUUUUUGAACCUCAAAAUUAAACAGGAAAAAUAACUCCGGCCAAUUGUUUUCAAUUUUUUUUACAUGAAAAACAAACAUAAAUCAAGCGCCCUUUUUAUAUUUAUAACAUUUUUUAAAUGUAAAUAAGAUAUUUCAAAGAAAAAUAUAAGAAAACAAAAACAAACAAAUCGUAGUCUGAUUAUUUAAUAUUCAUCUUUUGUAAAUCCAAAAAUUAACCUUUUUUUGUUAAUAAUUUUAUAGACCUUACCUUAAAAGACGAAGUAGCGAUGACGCGUACAUAACAAAUAUUAGUAAAAAAAUGACAUAUUUGCAUAUCAAUCGAUACAAUAAUAUUUAUACUUAACAUUUACUAUACUCUUAUUCGAAGCAAACCCUAACAAAAACCAAAUCCAAAAACUAUAUACAAAAUUAUAAAUAAUUAUUAGAACAAAAAACAGGAAAUUUCGAAAAACAAAACGGAAUGGAAAAAACACAAUAUUUAUGUUUUAAAAAAUUCGAAUGUUUUUAUUACAAGAACUAAUAUAAUCGGUGAAAUAAAAAGAAAAAACCCAAAUCAUUUUUACAUUUUGUAUGUACUAUGUGUCUAUGUAAACCAGAAAGCAAAAAAAAAAAAAAAAAAAAAACAACUAACAAACUAUUAAUUUCGUUGUUGUAUAAAUAAAAAACAGAAAACUAAAUAAAAUUAAAUAUUAUCUUUAAUUACAAAUUCUUUUUUUAAUUUCUUUUUUCAAAAGAAUACAUGACACAAUUAACAAGGAAUCCCUUUAAUUCGACAAUAUUUUGACAUUUCACAUGUUGGAAGUGAACAACACAUUGCGUACGUUUCACUCACACUGUAUGAUCAACGCAACGGCAAUUGCCUAUUGUUUUAUGUAUGUUAAGUAUGUUUACAUACGAGCUUGUAUCCGGGUUAAGUGUAAUAUUGACCAUCAAUCACAAAAUAUUGGAUUAUUGACAUGUAUUGUGAUUGGUCAAACAUCGCGGCGAUUGAGACAGGUAGAUGAAUCAACGCUUGGGAAUAUUGUUAUGUCAAAUUUUUUAAAAUGUUUUUUAAAUUAAAGAAGAUUUUUAUACGUUUUCUUAUGCGACGUCAAACGGAGGUUAUUACCACAUGCAUUUUUCAACAAUUUUUACAAAUUUCAAUAUUUUAUUAUUCAAAAUUUUCACUUCCAAAAUUGGUUCGACAGUUCAUUGUCUUUUAUUCUUCCAUUGUUUCAUUUAAAGUAUGUUUACAUACGAGUUAAGCAAAAUAUUAAUUCACUUAAUAUUUGACAAUUGAAAUGUGCUUUGAUUGAUAAAUUAGUAUGGUUAAUAGCUUGUUACAUGUAUGCCCAAUUCAUGGUAGAAGAACACAUGUAGAUGUAUCAAAGCUUGGGAACAAGGAUACGUCAAAAGUGUUAAAAUGUUAAAAUGUUUUUUUUUUUUAUUUUGAAAAAUAUGAAGAUUUUCAUAUGUUUUCUUAUACGAAGCCAAUCGUAUGUUGUUAUGAUACGCAUUUUUCAAAAAUGGUUAAUUUUUCAUUCAAAAUUUUCAAUUCCAAAAUUGGUUUGACAGUUCAUGUGAUGAUCACUUUUAAACAACUGAUAAUUAUCGGAUUUAAAGGAACACUUGAUGUCAGCGUUCCACUUAUCAGGGUUAACCAAGGUAGAGAUUUUGUAUUAAACGUACUUUUAGCCCCAAUAAAGAUUUAUGUGUAAAUGUACCCCAAACCUCUGAGUUGUUAGUCGCAUGUUAUAUGUAUAUAUUUCGUAUGUAAACAUUCAUAUAAAUUGGUGUCAACCCAUGCUUAAUAAUAUAGGUAGAUGCACCAACGCUUAAGCUGGGAAUACAUAAAGCGCUUAUUUGGCUGGCUUAAGUCAUCGGCUGGCUUCUUCGGAAAUGAACAAAGGAGCCUAGGCCCAAAAUCGAACUAGGUCAACCUAAAACUCCUUUGUUCAUUUAUGAAGAAGCCAGCCAAUGACUUAGGCCAGCCAAAUAUGCGCUUUAUGUAUUUCCAGCCUUAGGAACAUUGAUAUGUCAAAAAUUUUAAGAUAUUUUGUCAAAAAUAAGUAGAUUUUUAAAUGGUUUCUUAUGCGAUAGAAAUCGAGGGUUGUUGUUGUAUUAUGCAUUUUCCAACAAUUUUUACAAAUUUCAAUAAUUUUUCAUUCAACAUUUUCAAUUCCAAAAUCAGUUUGACAUUUCAUUUUCCCAGCAGUUGUGUCAAUGCGACUAUCUGUAUUCCUAUACCAUGUGUCAGACUUUCAGACAAUAACGAGAUAGAACAGCUUCGUAAAACUACAAAAACACAGUCUUGAGGCUAUACCCGUUCCUGUUAGAAUUAUUCAAGAUGAUAUGCAACAAAUUAUCUUAAUUUAUUUGAUAUCUUUCCUCAAAAAGCGUGAAAGAUGAAUGAAAUGCCUGGAUUUUCUCUCAAAAAUAUAAUUAAAUGUAUUCAAUCUUUCAAUUCCAUGGCAAACUGGUUAAUAUGUGUAAAGCGGGUCUCACAAUGCACGUUUUUUCCAGUCGUCGAUUUUGAACAUAUUUUGCGUUUAUUUUUCAAAACAAAAAUACAUAUACAAGAUUAGCAGAAGUCGGUCACGUUUAGAAAAAAAAUUGUAAUCAGCUGCUAGCCCUACUUUACUUUUUAUUGCUUUUUUCAAACUCCUAAAAUGCAAAUAUUUGGACUACCAAAUUGAAUAUGUUUAAAUUUUAAUGUUUAGAAAUUUUAGAAAAUGUUAGCUGAAUUUACUUACAAGAAACUUGUAAUGAUAGCUGUCAAGAAAAUUAAGACAUAAAUGCUCCUUUCAUUUACUUUUCAAAAUGGUAAAUGGUGUGAGUACAUAAUCGGCAUUUUUGACUGGCUUAAGUCAUCGACUGGCCAAGGAGUGUUCUUUGUUCUUUUACGAAGAAGCUAGCCUAUUAAAGCCAGUCAAAAGAGCCUUUUAUGUGCUCUCACCCUAAAGCUCUUCUUUUAUUUUGCAAAAUGUUUAUGAUGUUUACAUAUAAUAAAUCUAGUGCUUUCAAAAUUUCAAUUUCAUUACGUAUGCGUUAAAUCGAAUUGACAGUUGAAAUCCACAAGAUGUAUUAUCAGGCUUGCCACAAAUUCCAACCGGAAUGGUUCCAAUUGCGUAAUAUAAAAUCGAUCAUAUUUGCUUUGGCUUCUUCCAAUCGAUUUGGUUAAUUACAAAAAUUUAAUUAUUCAAAUAUGGCAAAAUUAGAAGAAGGAUGAGAAUCAAAAAUGAUUAGAACUGUAGAAGUAAGAAUGGUGAAAAAUAUUUUGUUUAAAAGAAGGUUUUUUACGGAAAGAAAGUAAAUUUUGCUAAUUUUUACACAAUGCCCGGGAUUGUUUUUUGAAAAAAAUCCGCCGGCAGGAAUGCUUCGGACCCCUUAUUCUACCCCAGUGCCGUGUGAGAAUUUUGAUAACAAGUUUAGUUUUAACUUUUAAAUAAAUUCCCGUGCUUGUCCCUAAAUGAUAAAAACGUUUUAAAGGCAACCAACAACUCAAAAGCUUGCACAAAAUGCCUUUGUUAAGUUUUUUUUUUUGUUUUUACCUUUGCCGCAAUAAAUAACUUUUAACCUUUGCUCGUAAAAAAUAGGCUUUGAAAAAAGUGGUUUUCUAAAAAAAUUGGGGCAACACUCUGUUAAUAAUUGGCUUGGUCAAUAUAAUGGUAGAAGAAUUCAAAUAGUCGCAUCGACACAGCUGCUGGGACAUUGAACUGGCAAACCAAUUUUUAAAUGAAAAAGUAUUUAUAUUUGUAAAAAUCGUUAAAUAAUACAUAUUACAACAACCUCCGAUUGGUGUCGUAUAAGAAAAUAUAUAAAAAUCCACUUAUUGACAAAACAUUUUAAAAAUUUUGACAUAUCGUUGUUCACAAGUGUUGAUUCAACUACCUGUAUUCUUCUACCAAUCAAUCCUUUUUUUCCUAAGUUCGUACAACUUCUGGAAAUUUUUGUGUAUGUAUUUAUUGUUUUGAAAAAUAAAAAACAAAAUAUUUUCAAAACAAUUAUAGGAAGAAACUUACAAUGCGAAUUAAUAGAUUUUGCCACACAUUUUACUUAACUUUUGUGGUGUAUAAAAUCAUAAACUUACGCAUUUAUUUCAGUGCAACCCUAAUGUAAGAAAACUGAAAAUUCUUAAAUCUUUAACAGACAGGAAGUCUGCGUAAAAGAGAAAAACAAAUGGCUCUUCCAUCAGCUCUUUCUCUCCUAAAAACUCACUUUCUGACAAACUCCACUUCAAAUAUAUCAUUAUACUUCAAAUAAUAUCAUAAACAGCUUGAAUGUAAACGUAUCAACACUUGGGAACAUUGAUAUGUCAAUUUUUUUAAACUGUUUGUCAGAAAUAAGUACAUUUUUACAUGUUUUAUUAUAUGACACCAAUCGGAGUUUGUAAUGAUACGGAAUUUUCAACAAUUUUUACAAAUUUCAAUCAUUUUUCAUUCAACAUUUUCAAUUCCAAAAUUGGUUUGACUGUUCAUUGUCCCAGCAGCUGUGUCAUGGUAGAAGAAUAUAGGUAGGUGCAUCAACGCUUGGAACAUUGAUAUGUCAAAAUUUCUAAAAUCUUUUAUGAAAAAUAAGUGGAUUUUUAAUUUUUUUUUUAUACGACGUAAAUCAGAGUUUGUUAUAGCAUGAGUUUUCAACAAUUUUUACAAAUUUUAAUAAUUUUUCACUCAAAAUUUUCAAUUCCAAAAUCGGUUUGACAGUUCAUUGUCCCAGCAGAUGUGUCGAUGCGACUACCUGUAUCCUUCUACCAUGAGCUGUGUCGAUGAGGCUACCUGUAUUCUUCUAUCACGGUUAAAUAAUGUGAAAACCAGAAUGGUAGUUUUACUUUAAAGGAACUAGGAAAAAUGCAACUCUGUACUGGAGUCUUAUUGUGACGAAUAGAUUUUUAAAGCAUGCAACAACUGAUGUUAUUUACAUAAAUUUUUUUCAGAAAAUGUUUAUGUUGAGGAAGAUUUCAUGGAUGGAAUUUUGUGGUAAUUCCUUUAAUUUAAAUGCAAAAUCCAAAACAAGGGAAUUAAUUACAGACAAGUUUCAUUGCCAAUCGAAAUUAGAAAUAAAAAAUUGAUCGACAAUUGUGGGUUAUUUUGUCCUUAACUUCUUGCAACAAUAUGUCUCAAUUCAAACGUGUUAAGUUCAACAGGAAGAAAAACGAGUUUUUACGAGUCAGGGCCGAAGAAAAGUUUAACUUUAAAACAUUCUACUCCCUCCUUCCCAUAAAACCCACUUUUCUAUUCCGUUAACUUUCCUUGUUCCUUUACGAAUGGUGCAAAGGGAAAAAGAGUGAAAGUAGAGCAAAACUCCUUCGAAAAACUUUGGUAUUUGAAACGUUUCCCCCAAGACCAACAUAAGGUCGGACCAUGGUACAAUAAGGAGGUGGAAAUAUAGCCCUGAGGCUAUGCCCGCUUCCUGUCAGAAUUAUUCAAAAUUAUAGGCAACAAGUGGUUUUCAUUUAUUUGAUAUUUUUUGUUCAUUUCUAAAAUGAUUCAAAUAGCUCGAAAGAUGAAUGAAAUGCCUGGAUGUUCUCUCAAGAAUAUGUUCCCAAGUGUUCAAUCUUUCAAUUCCAUGGCGAAUCUGGUCAAAAUUAUUAAUGCGCGCUGCGCAUUUUAAGUUUCUUCCAAUCAUUGAUUUUGAAAAUAUUUUGUUUUUAUUUUUCAAAACAACAAAUACAUACACAAAAUUGGUAGAAGUCGGGCACACUUACCUUACCUUUUAAUCUUACCUUACCUUUUUAUUGUACCAUGGGUCGGACGAGAGAGAACUACUAUUAACCAUGGCCCAAUAACAGAAGGCGGAACAAAGCCACCCCCGAAAUACAUUUUUUUUCUUUAGGUGCCCCUAUUCUGUAAAAAAAAGUAAGAGGUUAUAUAUGUGUGUGUAUUAUUUUGAAUAAAAAAGGGAAUAAUUUGAAAUUAUUUCAAAUUCAGAGACAACAGAAAUUCAUAUUUUCCACGAUAGCGGACAACAAAAUGCCUAAUCUUGGGCUAAAACAAUCUUGGCCUACUAUCUUGGAUUCAAUUUUGUGUUGAAAACCCGAUCUUCCAUUCAUGUUUUGUGGAUUUUACCCACUAUAAUAGUUUUGUGAGAACACAUUUUAAAUAAACAAUUAAAAGUCUAUUUGACACAAUAAGAGUCCAGUACAGAGUUGCAUUUUCCUAGUUUCCUUGAAUUUGAUCAAACUUUCUUAUUGAGCCAUGCUAUUAACAACAAAUUGGCAAUAGACUUAAUAGUUUUUGCACUAUUUUGAUCUGACUUUCUUUGAAUUUCAAAUAACAAUUAUAUUUUUGACAGAAAAAUUACCCUACAUUCGUCCAACAAAAAAAUUUUUGUCGCAUUUUAUUAGGACAUAUUUUUCUUUACUUUAUUAAAUUUUAUUUUUAAUUUAAAUGUUUAUAAAAACGCGUUCACACAUGAAUGUACAUACCUUUGUAUAUAUAUGUAUGUAUUUAUAUUUACCGGAAAAAGCAAUCAACUCAAAUUCGCUUUCGAAAUUUCCAUUUAAUUUUGUCUAGUCUAAAUGUGAUUUUAAAUCAUUUAAUCGGUGUUACUUCGAAAUAAAAUUCAAAUAAAUGCAAAAAAGAAAAUAUAUUAUUUUUAUAUAAAAAAUAAUUAAUAUGGCAAACAAACCAAAACACAAAUGUCACAAUAACAGUAAAGACGUAUAUAGAACAUAUUUAGAAAUUGAGAUCAUUGUAUAUUUAUACCUUAUACUGCUUAUAAAAAAACCAAACAACUAAUCAUAAAACUAUUAAAAAACACAAAAAAUUACUUCCGAAUGGAGAAAAACAACAACAAAAAAUCGUAUUUAUUUUAAUAACUUUUAAUAACGAAUUUUUCAUACUUAUGAUAAAUGUUUUUCUACUUAUUAAACAAACAACAAAAAAAAACAAAAUUAAAAAUUAAUCAAAUUAUUUUUAUAACAAUGACAAAAAUUGGCUUAAACAUUUUUUAAAGUUCAUAUAUGUAAUUAUGAAUAUGAAAUUGAAAACAAAAAUAAACACACACACACACAAUAAACAAACAUGACACUUUUUUACCAAAUGAAACUUUUUUAUAAAAAUCAAUCUCAGUGUAAUUUAAAUUGUAAAACCCAACAAAAGAAAAAAAUGUUUAGAAGUAAAUAUCUACCAGAAGUAGAGACAUUAAAAGCAUAACGCUGAAUGAUAGAAAGCUUAAUAAUAAAGUCAUUCAUAGCUGAACCUCCCCGGAAUCAUACAUUAAAAUAAACUUGGCAAUGAUCGUGUUAUUGGUAAUGUAUUGCAAAAUUGAAAAUGCGAAACAAUAUUGAAAAAUUAAAUUUGUUAAAUAACAUCACAACAAAUGGUGUGUGCAGUACACAGAACGCUAUAUAAAACAAGUUAUAAAUCUUAAGAACUGUUAAAUGACGUGAUUUAUCAUUUAGAUAAUCAAUUUCUUUGAUUGUGAAACGCGUAUUUCAAAUGUCAAUUCCAUUGGCAUUACGAGAAUAUAUGAUAUUUGUCGUAUACGCGAUGUAAUUGACAAUUGAAAUCAACUGGGUACAUUAUAUGUGAGAUUAAAUCAAAUAAAUGUAAACGCAUGAUAGAUAGUUAGACUCGUGCAAUCGUGUUUCACUUUUUCAUUUGAUGUCUCUUUUCAAUGUCAAAUUCUAUUUGGUACAAUAAUGUGGCAAAAGAGUAAGGCUGGAAAUACAUAAAGCGCAUAUUUGGCUGGCUUAAGUCAUCGGCUGGCUUCUUCGUAGAUGAACAAAGGAGUUUUAGGUUGACCUAGUUCGAUUUUGACCCUAGACUCCUUUGUUCAUUUCCGAAGAAGCCAGCCGAUGACUUAAGCCAGCCAAAUAAGCGCUUUAUGUAUUCCCAGCUUAAAACUGCUAAAGUACAGCCCUGAGGCUACGCCCGCUUCCUGUCAGAAUUACGGAAAAUGAGAUGCUACAAGUUAAUGACAUCUAUUUUAUAAUUUUCCUCCUUCAUUUAAUUUUUUUUAUUAAAAAUAUAAUCAUUAAUGCACGCUCGGCAAUGUACUUUUCAUGGUGCAAUCAGAUCAAGGUAAUCUCAUUUCAAAUUAUAAUAUCCAGCUCUGCAGUUUUUGUAAUGUACCUUAUCAAAUUUAACUUAAUUCAUAACAGGUUCCCAUCUCUGAUUGGUUUAUGUGCAGUGAAUUUGUAAAAAAGAAGUUUUGACAAUGGAAUGCUGUCAAAUAACGUUACCUUCUUAAUUCCACUGUGGUACUUUUUUGCAAUCAUUGAUUUUGAAAUCCAUGAUAAAAUGAAGAAGGUAAGCAUACCCAUCUGCGCAUUUUCUGUAAUUUACCUUGUCAAAUUCGACAGCACAAAAACUAUGGUUUCCAUCUCUGAUUUCUGUAUUUGCAAUGGGUCUAUAAAUAUAUAUUUUGACUAAGAUGCUGUCAAACAAAUAAUUUUGAAAAAAAAUUAAACAUGUGUUUGCAUGACUUUACCUUCUCGAUUCUACCAUGUUGAAAUAUUUAAAAUUUUUUUUUUUAAAUAACGGGGCACUCAGACAAAAAUGUAAUCAAUUGGUAGCACUACUUUCCUUUUUUGUUGCCCCAUGGUAGAAUUAAAAAGGCAAAGUCAUGCAAUCAAUUUUACAAUUUUUUCAAAAUAUCUCAUUUGACAAAAUUUCUUUGUCACAAUGUUUAUUUACAAAUCCUUUGUAUAUUCACAAAUCAGAGAUGGGAACCUGUGGUAUAUACAGGGUAUUUUGCCAAAGUUACAAAAAAAGGCGACAGCUGUUACAGCUGUGCGACAUUUAUAAAUUUCUAAUAUGGCGUUUACACAAAACAAAUUGCCUUGAAUCAGAGUUGUCUUUUAAGUCUUAUUUACCCCGAAGAUGUUUAUGUGAUUAGAUUGACAUUUCCUUCAAUUAUAUGUGAAAUAAAUGCAUAAGUUCCAAUACAAAAAAGUCCUCUUUAAUUCUGCGACAAAUUUAUUGCAAUGAUGCAAUGUUGGUGCAUCAACGCUUGGGAAUAUUGAUAUAUAAAAAAAAUUUUAAUGUUUUUUUUUUUUUUCAAAUAUAAGUAGAUUUUUAUGUUUUUUUCCACAAAUUAAACAAAUCUAAUAACUUUUUUAUUCAACAUUUUCAAUUCCAAAAUUGGUUUGACAGUUCAUUAUUCCAGCAGCUGUGUCGAUGCGUCUACCUAUAUUUUUCUACCAUGUAAAAAUGUGUAUAUAUAAUUGAAGAAAAAUUUUAUUGUGUAAAGUAAGGGAGCGAAAUGAUAAAGAGGUAGACUCAUUUGCUUAAUAUGGCAACCAUUUUCUGAAGUACUCGAAAUUGUCAUUUUUUUCAAAUAAAAUUUAUUUUCAUAUCUGAAAUAUUUACGUAUGACGAGUGGCAUAUUUCAGAAAAGUAAUAAAUAAUUUAUUAUUUUCGGCAUUCCCAGGUACGUAACAGUUAUAUGCCCCUAAUGGGUUAAUAUUAAGCGUUUAUAUGCAUCUGUUGGAGGAUAUAGACGCCACCCAAAGGAUAAUAUAAGAAAUAGCCAAAAAUAAUGUAAGGAAAAAGAUAAUAUAGAGACUAUUAUUGAUUAUUAGAGAUUGUCAUCUAGAAUUGCAAUUUUUGCUUGUUUUUUGUUCCGGUUCAGUUCUCUAAGAAAGAGUUUAAUAAUUCUCUCUUUAGCUAGAUUAAAAUAAAUACGGGAACACAACACUUGUAAGUUUUAGUACCAUGGUUUAUAGCAUGGUACAAUAAGGAGGUAGAAAGGCUUCGUAAAACUACAGAAAUACAGUCCUGAGGCUAUGCCCGCUUCCUGUCAGAUUUAUUCAAAAUUAUAGGCAACAAGUUGAUUUCAUUUAUAUGGUAUUUUUUGUUCAUUUCUAAAACGAGUCAAAUAGCGCGAAGAUGAAUAAAAUGCCUGGACGUUCUCUCAAAAAUAUGAUUCUAAGUGUUCAAUUUUUCAAUUCCAUGGUAAAUCUAGUUAAUAAAUUUUUAAAAUAUUUUGUUUAUAUUUUUCAAAACAACAAAUACAUAGAAUUGGCAGAAGUCGGGCACACUUAAGAAAAAAUUGUAAUCAGCUAGUAGCUCUGCCAAACCUUUUUAUUGUACCAUGGUUUAUAGCACGUUUAUAUAUAAAAUCUUUAGCCGGACAGUUGAUCAAUCACAGUAAUUUUUUGUGUGUUUUCAAUUAUCAAAUUCAUUGUGAUUGGCCAAUCAUUAAGAUCAAUCCGGAUAACGAGUGGUAUGUAAACGUACUUUAAAACACUGUAUAAUUAAUUCAACAUAAUAUCAUUUCAUAUAAUAAUGAUAUGUAAUAAUAAAGGGUUUACACAUAUUUAUAAUUUUAAAAAAUAACUUGAUUUAUAAAGCGCUUAGUGAAAUGAAAUCGUUUUAAAAUAUGGCCAAUAGAAUUACACGACCUAAUGCGAUCAUACCAAUUUAAAAAAAGAAAAACACUUCCAUUAAAAUUGUAAUGAAAAAUAGAAUGAAUCGAUAUAAGUAACUUACACAAACUCUCAGAUUAGACCCACCAGAGAAAUUUUUAAUAUAAAUACCGAAAAACUAAGUAAAGAAAAAAGUAUAUUAAUCAACUUACUAUUGCAAGAAAUUAAUAAAACAAAAACUAGGAUAAAUAAAAAGAUAACCCAUCAACUAUCAAAACCUAAUAAAUAAUAUUAUGCGAAAAGCGAUAACAAAGUAUAAGGAUCUAUUAUUCAUAACGGGCAAAGUUGUUAUGUUGAUUACAAACCAAAAACAUUUUAUAUGUAUUAAGGAUAAAGUAAAAUUUAAUUAUACUAUACAUAUAUUAAUAAUAACAAAAACCAAAACAAAAGAACACAACCGCAACAGGCGCUACAAUAUGUACAUGAUUACUUAUAAACAUUUUGUAAAAACAAAAAAACUAAAAUAUAUUAUUAAUAAUGAGUGCAUACUCUUAUAUAAUACAAAAGCAAAACAAAAUAUCAAUGAAAACAAAAUUGGCAAAGCAAAAGUAUUUCAAACCCCCCGAAAAGCUCAUUAGUAAAAGUAAAACAUAACCUUACCAUAUUGUAACAAAAACAAAAAUAUUACAGAAACAAAAACCAAAACACACACACGAAAUUAACUACAAAAAAUAAUAAUUAUAUUAAACAGUCAAAUAGUUGUAAUAGCGUUACUAACAGGACAAUUUAAAACAAACAAAAAAAAAACAAACAAA